AUGGUCAGCGACUCGCUGCAGGACUCUGUCGUGCUACAGCUGGUAGUGCUCGUCAGGGUCGUGCUGCUGGUCUCUAUGGUGCUCGUCGCCGUGCAGCUCGUCUCGGUGGUACACGUCGGUGACGUGCUGCUCGGCUCUGUGGUGCCCGGUCCCGUGGUGCACGUCACCGUCGCGCUGCUCGACUCACCAGCGCUCGUCGCCGUGCUGCUUGUCUCCGUUGUGCAAGUCAACGACGCGAUGCUGGAGUCUGUUCUGCUGGAGCCUGUAGUCCUCGUCGUGCUGCUCGUCUCACUGGUGCUCAUCGACGAACUGCUGGUCUCAGUUGUGCUGGUCGGCGACGUGCUACUGGACUCAGUAACCGGAGCCUGUGGUGAUGGCCAAGGGGACAAGGGACAAAGGAGUCGGUCGCACACCGUGCUGCUCGACGAGUUGCUGCUGGUGUCCGUACUGCUGGACAAGGUAGUGCUGCUCGACUCGGUCGUGCUGCUCACCGUGGUGCUGCUCAGCGUAGUGCUGCUCGUCAUUGAUGUGCUGCUCGAUUCCGUGGUACACGUCUGUGAUACUCGAUCCGAUGAGCUGGUCAGUGAUGUGCUGCUUGAUUAUGUCGUUGUAGUCAGCGAUGUAGUGCUCGAGUCAGUAGUGCUGCGCAGCGUGGUGCAACUUGAUUCUGUCGUGGUGCUGAGUGUCGUGCUGCUUGAUUCCGUGGUGCUCGAGUCGGUCGUGCUGGACAGGGAGGUGCUGUUCGAUCCUGUGGUGCUCGAAUCGCUUGUCAGCAACGUACUGCUCGACCCCGUGUUGCCCGACUCAGUCGUGCUGGUCAGUGACGUGCUGCUCGACUCUGUGCUAGUUGAGCCAGUCGUGCUGGUCAGCGAGGUACUGCUCGACUCCGUAGUGCACGACACAGACGUCCUGGGCAGCGACGUACUGCUGGAUCCCGUGGUACUCGACGCUGUCGUGCUGGUCAACGACGUGCUGCUGGACUCUGUGGUACUUGAGCCGGUCGUGCUGAUAAACGAGGUACUGCUCGACUCUGUGGUACUGGAGCCAGUCGUACUGGUCUCGGUCGUGCUGGUCAGCGGGGUGCUGCCCGACUCCAUGGUACUUGAGCCGAUCGUACUGGUCCCGGUCGCGUUGGUCAACGACGUACUGCUGGAGUCUGUGGUACUUGAGCCAGCCGUGCUGAUCAGCGAGGUGCUGCUCGACUCUGUGGUUCUGGAGAAUGUGCUGCUCGACUCUGUGGUGCUCGACCCCGUAGUGCUGGACUCGGUGGUGCUGGUCAGCGAGGUACUGCUCGACGACGUACUGGUCGACUCUGUGGCACUUGAGCCGGUCGUGCUGGUCAGCGAGGUCGUGCUUGUCAGCGACGUGCUGCACGACUCUGUGAUACUUGAGCCAGCCGUGCUGGUCUCGGUCGUGCCUGUUAGCGUGGUGCUGCACGACUCCGUGGUGCUCGAUCCCGCGGUGCUCGACUCGGUCGUGCUGGUCAACGAUAUCCCGCGCACCGACGUGCUGCUCGACUCUGUGGUACUUGAGCCGGUCGUACUGGUCAGCGAGGUGCUGCUCGAUUCUGUGGUAAUUGUGCCUGACGUGCUGGUCUCGGUCGCGCUGGUCAGCGACCCGGUCGUACUGGUCUCGGUCGUGCUGGCCAGCGUGGUGCUGCUCGACUCAUUAGUGUUCGAUCCCGUGGUGCUCGACUCGGUCGUGCUGGUCAGCGACGUGCUGCACAGCGUGGUGCUGCUUGAUUCUGGGAUACUUGAGCCGGUCGUAAUGGUCAGCGAAGCGCUGCUCGUCUCUGUGGUAAUUGAGCCUGUCGCGCUGGUCUCGGUCGUGCUUGUCAGCGACGUGCUGCUCGACUCUGUGGUACUUGAGCCCGUCAUACUGGUCUCGGUCGUGCUGGCCAACGUGGUUUUGCUUGACUCCGCGGUGCUCAAUCCAGUAGUGCACGACUCAGCCGUGCUGAUCAGCGACGUGCUGCUCGACGACGUACUGCUCGACUCUGUGGUGCUUGAACCAGUCUUGUUUGUCAGCGAGGUGUUGCGCAACUCUGUGUGCCCUCAGAGAGGCAUGCAGGCCAUGGGCAGGGCGGGCGAGGAGUACGGCAAGAGAAACAGGCGAACAUGGCAGAGGCGGAACGCAGCGAACCGCUGCAGCAACGGGAGAUGA